AGAUGGAGGCAGAGUCGCGAUUCGGUUUACCCGCCAACUUGUUCAAACGUCUUCCUCCAUUCCCGGACUCACUUUCUCUCUCUAUCUCUACAACGCCACCACCACACAAAAAUCUCAACACACCAUAACAAACCAUAACCACUGCACUUGCACUGCACGCAACUCUCAUUUCCACAAUGGCAACUCUCUCUGAAACCUACGCUUGUGCCCCUUCCACCGAACGAGGCCGCGGCAUUCUCAUCUCCGGUGAUCCCAAAACCAACAACAUCCUCUAUUGCACCGCGCGAUCCGUCAUUAUUCGUAACCUCGAUAAUCCCUUACAAGUCUCCGUUUACGGCGAACAUUCUUAUCCUGUCACCGUCGCACGAUACUCCCCCAACGGUGAAUGGAUCGCGUCGGCUGAUGUCUCCGGUACCAUACGUAUCUGGGGGACGCACAAUGAUUAUGUUCUCAAGAAUGAGUUUCGAGUUCUCUCUGGCCGGAUCGAUGAUCUUCAGUGGUCCGCUGAUUGCCAGAGGAUCGUUGCGUGUGGAGAUGGAAAGGGAAAAUCAUUUGUUCGCGCCUUUAUGUGGGAUUCAGGUUCCACUGUUGGUGAUUUUGACGGCCAUUCGCGACGGGUACUAAGUUGCGCGUUUAAACCAACAAGGCCAUUCCGCAUUGUCAGUUGUGGUGAAGAUUUUUUAGCAAAUUUUUAUGAAGGUCCACCUUUCAAGUUCAAUAUGUCCAUCAGGGACCAUACGAAUUUCAUCAAUUGUGUUAGAUAUUCUCCGGAUGGGAGCAAAUUUAUUACAGUUAGCUCAGACAGGAAAGGUAUUAUAUACGAUGGAAAAACUGGGAAUAAACUUGGAGAAUUUUCAGAACAGGAUGGUCACAAGGGCAGCAUAUAUGCUGUUAGUUGGAGUCCUGACAGUAAACAGGUUCUUACGGUGUCUGCUGACAAGUCUGCAAAAGUAUGGGAUAUUGAUGAGAAUGGUAGUGGAACGGUACACAAGACAUUGGCACAUACUGAAUCUGGUGGGGUGGAAGACAUGCUCGUUGGUGGUCUUUGGCAAAAUGAUCAUCUGCUUACUAUCUCCCUUGGGGGCACGAUUUAUUUAUACACUGCUAAGGAUCUAGAUCAAAGUCCAAAGUCUCUAUCUGGUCACAUGAAGAAUAUCACCGUUUUGAAUCUGCUUAACAAAAGUGAAAAGAUGCUUCUGUCCAGCAGUUAUGAUGGAGUGAUCAUUAGAUGGAUUCCAGGCAUUGGGUAUAGUGGUAAGUUUGACGGGAAACAAUUUGGAUUAAUCAAAUCGUUAGCAGCUGCUGAAGAAGAAGUUGUUACUUCUGGAUUUAACAACAAGGUAUACAGAGUUCCUCUUCAUGGGGAUGGUUUUGGUCCUGCUGAGGAAGUUGAUGUUGGAAGCCAGGCUAAGGAUUUGUGCCUUGCACUUAAUUCCCCUAAUCUUGCUCUUAUUGCAAUUGAGUCCGGGGUUGUCUUUCUUGACGGUUCAAAAAUUGUGACCACAGUAAACCUUGGCUUUGUUGUCAGCGCCUGUACUAUUUCACCUGAUGGCAGUGAAGCAAUUGUAGGCGGGCAAGAUGGUAAACUGCAUAUUUAUUCUAUCUCAGGAGAUACACUUACAGAACAAACUGUUCUUGAGAAGCACCGAGGUGCAAUUAGCGCAAUUAAAUAUUCUCCAGACGUUUCCAUGUUUGCGUCAGCUGAUCUGAAUCGUGAAGCUGUUGUGUGGGACUGCGUUUCUAGAGAGGUAGUUCUUAAUAAUAUGCUGUUUAACACUGCACGUAUAAACUGCAUUGCUUGGUCGCCUGAUAGUAAACUGGUAGCUACUGGAUCACUUGAUACAUGUGUCAUUAUAUAUGAAAUCGGAAAGCCAGCAUCAAGCCGUAGAACCAUAAAAGGUGCUCAUUUAGGUGGAGUCUACGGAUUGACUUUUAUUGAGAAUGAAAGAGUUGUGAGUUCAGGAGAAGAUAGUUGCAUUCGUGUUUGGAAUUUGAAUGCAGAAUAAACCAGCAUCAGAACCUACCAAUGCAUUUUGCAGUUUUGUGGUAAGAAACGGAUUGCUGUGCAGUAUUACAUGAUGAUUAUCUUCACUGUUCUGCAAUGAUUAUGCAGUGGCAAGAAUAGUUGAGGAUACAAUAGUGUCUAGGUGUCUAUUUUUGACGGAUUUCUCCUUGAACUAACAAUCUUAUUUUUUUAUUAUUGAAGUUGAUUUAGAUCUGCAGAAGUGGGGUAUUUCUAGUUAUUUCCAAAGAAAUUGGCAACAACUGGUUUUUGUCUAAGCAAACUGGUUCCUUUAUUUUGCCUAUUAAAGCAGUUUAAUUCAUUUAGUUUUUGAAUAAGUGAAUCUUGUCCCCCUAGGCAUUUGUAGAGUAAGUAAGUACACUCCCUAGCCU